CAGGAAUUCUGCUACAGAUAUCUCCUGCGUCUGCCGUUUCAAGCAGAUUGGAAGGCUAGGAAGGACUUACGUGAUUGCAUAGUCUUGCAAAACCCUGUAUUUUGCUCUUGUUGAGAAUCAACUUAGGCUGUGAUUCAAGAUGGGUCGUCUCAUUACUCUCGCAACAUGCUCCCUUAAUCAAUGGGCCCUCGACUUUGAAGGAAAUACAGCUCGCAUUAUUGAGAGUAUCCGGAAAGCCAAGGAAGCUGGGGCUACUAUGCGGGUUGGUCCGGAGCUGGAGAUAACAGGAUACGGUCUCUUGGAUCAUUUUCUUGAGGGUGAUACCUUUCUUCACUCAUGGGAAAUGCUGGCGAGGAUUAUCGAUCACCCCGAUUGUCAGGAUAUUGUGGUUACCGUGGGCAUGCCAGUUAGACAUAGGAAUGUCCGGUAUAACUGCAGCGUAAUAUUCUACAACCGCAAAAUUGUCCUUAUUCGUCCCAAAAUGUGGCUUGCCAAUGACGGUAAUUAUAGAGAAAUGCGGUAUUUUACCCCUUGGCAGCGCCUAGGAGAAGUGGAAGAUUACUACUUGGAACAGAUUGUGGGAAAGAUCACCGGCCAAUACAAGGUGCCUUUUGGGGAUGCAGUCAUAAGCACCAGAGAUACUUGCGUUGGACUGGAAACCUGCGAAGAGCUUUUCACCCCUGAUGGUCCCCACAUUCCUUACGGCCUCGGUGGCGUGGAGAUUAUCUCAAACUCGUCCGGAAGCCACCACGAAUUGAGAAAGCUCGAUACCCGUGUUAAUCUUAUUACACAGGCUACGAAACUAGGAGGAGGGGUCUACCUAUAUGCAAACCAGCAAGGCUGUGAUGGCGACAGGCUGUACUACGAUGGGUGUGCAAUGAUUGUCGUCAAUGGCAACAUUGUGGCUCAGGGAUCCCAGUUUUCUCUGAAUGACGUAGAGGUUGUGACUGCUACGGUCGACAUCGAAGAGGUUCGGUCGUACCGUGCUACGGCGAGCAGGAAUAUGCAAGCAUCUAGGCAGCCACCCCUUAUACGUUUAGAUUUGGACGUGAGGCUAGGCCGCCUUGAAGGAGAUGAGGCGCCAAAUAUGGGACCUUCGCCUGCUUUUCAACCACGGUAUCAUGCUCCUGAAGAAGAAAUUGCUCUUGGACCUGCCUGCUGGCUUUGGGACUACCUUCGCCGGAGUCGUUCUGCUGGGUUCUUCCUCCCACUCAGUGGGGGAAUCGACAGCUGCGCCACGGCUGUUAUUGUACACUCCAUGUGCAGGGAAGUCAUCAAAGCGAUCUCCGAAGGAAAUGAAGAGGUCAUCCGGGAUGCCCGUCGUAUCUCUGGCGAGUCAGAAGAUUCGACCUGGGUUCCAAGUUCACCCCAAGAACUCUGCAACCGCAUUUUCCACACUAGUUAUAUGGGUACCCAAAAUUCUAGCAAGGAAACUAGGGAUAGAUCCAAAAAGCUUGCUGAACAAAUUGGAUCAUACCACGUUGAUUUCAACUUUGACAGCAUCAUAACAGCUGUAAUCAACAUGUUCAGUGCUGUGGCGAACUUUCAUCCUAAAUUCAAGGUUCAUGGUGGUUCUUGGGCAGAGAAUAUAGCAUUGCAGAAUUUACAAGCUCGUUUGAGGAUGGUCUUAGCAUACCUUUAUGCGUCGUUGCUGCCCACCGUCCGCCAGCGCCCUGGAGGCGGCUCUUUACUUGUUCUUGGGUCCUCCAAUGUUGACGAAUGUUUGCGUGGCUACCUCACAAAAUAUGACUGCAGCAGUGCAGAUCUGAACCCAAUUGGUUCGAUCAGCAAGGUCGACCUGAAGAAGUUCAUCGCAUGGGCUCGCGACUCGUUCAACCUCCCGAUUCUCGAUGGCUUCCUCAAUGCCACUCCGACUGCAGAAUUGGAACCCAUAACCGCUACCUAUGUCCAGUCAGAUGAAGCCGAUAUGGGCGUGACUUACAAAGAACUCUCUGUCUUCGGAUAUUUCCGAAAAGUCGCCAAACUGGGUCCGUGGUCAAUGUACGAGAAACUGCUUCACCUUUGGGGCAACGAGUACAGUCCUCGGGAGAUAUACGAGAAGACUCGCCAUUUCUUCCAUUACUACUCCAUUAACCGGCACAAGAUGACUGUCUUGACGCCUAGUUAUCAUGCUGAACAGUACUCUCCCGAGGAUAAUAGGCAUGACCUUCGUCAAUUUCUGUACCCUCCUUUCACAUGGGCAUACAAGAAGAUGGAGGAGAAUGUUAAAUUCUGGGAGUCAAAAGGGUUCACUACAGGGAAAGCAGAGAAAAAUGUCAAGUCUGAAUGAAGAAAGGGACGGCCACUUAUGAACAGAAGUCCGUUUUGCUCCUAUAAAUGUGAAAGAAAGAAAACAAGGCCUAUAUUCGAGAAAUGCAACCUUCUUCUAACAAGAAUUGCGCUGUAAGAAUGUCUGGUAAGAAGGAUAUAUAGUAUGGUGUACAAUUUGUGUUUAUUUCAUUUUGUACCUAAUGAGAGGAGAGAAUUCUGAAGAUAUACAAUCCAACCAGCAGCAAGAAACACCAACCAUAUGCUCGAGACGCUAAAUAUGCAUAAAGAGGGAAAGAGAGUGAAAGAGAGACAAGGGGAUACGUAGCAGAUUAGAUCACCAGAAUAUUAAAAAUUUUGUCAUCCUAGAAACUUGAAGAGAAAUGUUAAUCAGUUCUUCCAGAACCAACCGCCCUUAGGCCCAUCUCUCUUCUCCGCUUCAUCUCUGUCAGAGACAGAUCCCGCACCUGAUCGAGGUGGAUUGGUAACCUCAACGGAUUCAUUGGUUUCCUCACGACCAUCCGCAAAGCGCUUAGUCUUGACGAUCUUGGUCCGCAUUGAACCGUCGGGGAGCUGGAUGCGUUCCGUUGAUGACAUGGUAGACACCACAUUAGGCAGACCUGUUGACUCUGUCGACCGUGUUUCUUCGAAGCUCGAAAUCUGUGUAGACUCCUUGGCAGGGUUUUCGUUCUUUCCACGGAAUUGUUCUACCCAACUGUCACUGGCACCGUCGCGGACAACUUUAUUAGAAGAUGGCUGGUUUUCGGCGCGCUUUUCUUGGUUUCUCUGUUUCUCUUCCAGAAUAGCACGUCUCAGGGGUGUGAGCUCAGAGAAGAAUUUAUUCUCUAUGUGGUCAAGAAAGUGCUCGUAUAGAUCCGCUUCUGUUAUGGACUUGUUCUCUUCCUGGCUUGACUGCUCCUUUCGAUCGGCAUCUCCUGCUUCAAGCUGAGGGCGGUUGUUUUCGGUGAAGUUGGAGCUCUCAAUGGUAAAGCCAGACCAAGGCUGGCUAUCCUUCCCAGGGACAAAUUUCCAGUCGUUUCCAAGGCUGCCCCGUGCCACUAGGCCCUCAAUCCACUCCUUUCCGGUCUCCCUCUUACUAACAGCCGUUGAAUCUUGAUCCAGCAUGGGUUUCCCAUUCUCCAGACGCAACAGAUCCUCGAAAGCCUCGCGCCAUUGCGGUUUGCCAGGUUCCCUGUCAGACUUAAGUCUAAGAGAAGACAUGAUGGAAGAGAAAACACCACGGUCGUGGAGAGAUCGAUGCUCCAGAUAUAAAGGCGAAUAGGGACUAAACAUAAGGUAGGUCAUCGGCCAGGCAACGGAUCCCUCAUAAUCACCCAUCAGGUCAGUAAAGAAGGGGUGGGAAAUAUCGAAGCGACCAAAGGGGAAGGGAAAGCGAUCAUCGAGCCAAAACUUAUCGAAGGAAUCGAAACCGAAGAAGUCAGAGGGUCGAUGGAGCCAUCUUCUAGGAUGAGACUGCCACGGGUCCUCGGACUCCGACCACAACCACCAUGAAGACGAAGGGUACCAUCUGUUCUUGUCAUCAUUCCGAGACGAGUUAGUAUUGCCUGGAUAUCUUCCAGGCCAGCUGCUGUCGUUGUUACUAUCGUUCCCGGAGACCGAUGGAUGUGAUCCUCGGUCAUCAUCACCUGCACUUCGGAAACUAGUUCCUUUGUAAAUACUUCCGUCUUCUAGAGCUCCUGUUGGGCGUGCAGUCAUCGAGGGAAGUCCCGUAACGGACUGCAACAUUGAUGAGAUCUGCUCGUCGGCGAAACGCCGGAAAGCGAUGAACGGAUUGUCAUUUUCGGGCCAUAUAGAUGAACUCCUCUCAGAGCCGCUGGGAGAUUUUGGCUGAUCGUUAUCUCCUGCCAUGGUAUUUUGAUAGCUUUUUGAUAUAAAUUCC